AUGGCGGAUACUAUGAGCGCCAAUCGUGCCGACGAGGAGAUAUCGCAAUCAUUCAAUCCAAUCGAAGAGCCUUCGGAACAACUAAUUACAUUUAAACGCAGGCAGAAACCCCCAUCGCGAUUCGGCCUUCAUAGCAUUUUUGGCAGUACACACGAUACAUCUUUCCCACGCCAUGGCCGGCACAGAAGUAUCGACGAUGAUAACACCGGAUCAAGGGAAACUCCCACCUCCCCGAACAUUACCAGAACAGAGCAUCAUGCAUCUGGAGCGUCUCAAAAACCCGGGGCGCCGUUGGAUUGGUAUAUCGAAGGCCCCGGCAGGAGGGUUGGAUAUGACAACUUGACGGCGAUUGACUGGAUCUUUGAAUACACAAAGGAGAGGCAGCGGAUACGGCACCUUAACUCCAACAAUCCUGGCUUGCUCGGCACAUUCCGACAUCUAUUAGAUGCUAGCAAAGUUUGGUUGGUGCUAGUCAUGACUGGCCUAGCUGUCGGCCUCUUAGCUGGAUGUAUCGAUAUUGCAAGUCGUUGGCUUGCUGAUAUCAAAGUAGGAUACUGCCGGUCGGGUGCGGAAGGGGGGAAGUUUUACCUCAAUAGAAGCUUCUGUUGCUGGGGGUAUGAAGAUCCGGCGGAUUGUCUGCAUUGGAUUCGAUGGCAAAACGCAUUCCAUAUCCACUCCAAAGUUGGUGGCUUUAUUGCAGAGUACACGGUUUUUAUCCUGUAUUCGAUUAUGUUCGCAACCAGUGCGGCCAUUCUAGUCACCUCUUAUGCGACUCAUGCGAAGCAUAGCGGUAUUCCUGAAAUCAAAACAGUUCUAGGGGGUUUCGUUAUUAAACGGUUCAUGGGACUGUGGACGCUAAUGAUAAAAUCCGUCGGCUUGCAACUUUCCUAUUAUUUCCCAGAUAAAACCAUGUGGCAAAGCUUCGUUUGUGCCAUGGCUGCAGCAAUUUCACUCCGUGCUGUCAAUCCAUUCCGAACCGGGAACAUUGUUCUCUAUCAAGUCACUUACUCCCGAGGGUGGCAUCGAAUCGAGAUCGUGCCAUUCAUGUUACUUGGGAUCCUUGGGGGUCUAUACGGCGGAUUGUUCAUUAAAUUGAACAUGAAGGUCUCUAGAUGGCGAAAGGCCAGAAAUUUCUCUUUCCCUGUCAUCGAGGUCAUCGCCGUAGCUCUUUUAACCGGCCUGAUCAACUUCCCAAACUCCUUUAUGAAAGCCCAAUUAUCUGAGCUUUUGCACUCCCUUUUCGCAGAAUGUGCCCAGUCUCCAGGCGACGAGUUUGGCCUUUGCAAAAGUAGCGCAGAUGCCGUCGGGGUUAUCGGGGCGCUGCUCUUUGCGGCAAUCCUGGGUUUCUUCCUUGCCUCUAUCACAUUCGGGUUAGAUAUUCCUGCUGGUGUGAUUCUCCCAUCAUUAGCCAUCGGUGCGCUAUACGGGCGGGCUCUUGGCAUCGCUGUCGACAUAUGGCAAAAGGCACACCCAAACUCUUUGUUAUUUGGAGAUUGUGAACCCGGAGUGCCUUGCGUCACGCCGGGGACAUAUGCGAUUAUCGGCGCUGCAGCCGCCCUUGGAGGAGCGACCAGGAUGACUGUGUCAAUUGUUGUCAUCAUGUUUGAGCUAACUGGGGCUUUGACACACGUUAUUCCAAUUAUGAUUGCUGUUAUGCUCUCAAAAUGGUGUGGCGAUAUAUUUGGGAAACGCGGCAUCUACGAGUCUUGGAUACAGCUGAAUGAGUACCCUUUCCUCGACCAGAAAGACGAUACCCCGCCUCCAGAUGUGCCGGUUAGCCAGGUAAUGACUGGCAUCAAUGACCUGACAGUAAUUACCGCUGUCGGGCAUACUAUCGAAUCCCUUAAAAAUCUACUUUCGAAUACACCAUACCGCGGGUUCCCCGUGGUUUCUGACAUGGCCAACCCUACAUUACUCGGCUAUGUCUCCCGCAAUGAAUUAUCAUAUGCCUUGAAGGUGGCAUCGUCUCGUCAUUCGGGGAACUUAUCACCUGAAACCCAAACAUUCUUCUCACACCAACCUUUCGCCGACCCAGUCGAAACUCUUGACCUCCGCCCAUGGAUGGACCAGACACCAAUCACACUAAAUCUACACGCCAAUUUCCAGAUUGUGUUAAACAUGUUUCAAAGGCUUGGCCUCCGAUAUGUGCUCAUAGUUAAUAGAGGGAGGUUAGAGGGUUUUCUUACGAAGAAGGAUAUCUGGUAUAUUCUCAACGAGGCGAAACCCGAAAAUGGCUCCGGACUUGGUGGGGGAAUAUUACGAGCUGGUGGCUUGGGGGAAGAAGGGUCUUUAUUAGCCCGUAAUAAUCCGAUGCUUGUCAGCCCUGUCGACGAUGGAAAUAUGUUAUGA